AUGAAGAUGACAGAUACCACAAAGGUCAUUGUCAGCAUUGUAUCCACUCGUUUUGGAAAAAUUCGAGUUGGUGAAAGCGAGAAGGGACUUCAUGAGGUGCAAUUUGUUGGCAAAGACGACGAUUUAGAAGGGAAGUUUUGUGGAGAAUUGGCUGGACAGGUAGCUUCUGCCAUCGAUAAACUUGCCUGGGAUACGGCGAAUUUCCCGUUUUACUUCGAAGGAACCAACUGCCAGAAAGACGUCUGGAACGAGUUGAUUCGCAUUCCAAUAGGAACAACAAUUACAUAUACAGAAUUGGCUAAACGAAUCGGACGACCAAAAGCAGUGCGAGCAGUGGCAAAUGCGUGUGGUCGCAAUCGAAUCGCUAUUCUUGUUCCCUGUCAUCGAGUAGUUGCAUCAAACGGAAAACUCGGUGGCUAUAGUUGCCCUCUUGGAAUCUCUAUGAAACAGCGGCUUCUUGAGGCAGAACGAAAUGCUGCACAAAAAGAAAACCUCAAAAAUUACUGU